AUGGCAAUGUCAUCAAGCGGCGAGCUCAUGACCUUGAUGACAUCGCCCACGCCUGGUGUCAGUGCCUUUCCGCAUAACGGCGACCUCACUGUCUGGGACGGCACCAUCGUUGGCCCCGCCGACACUCCUUACUCUGGUCUCACACUCAAGCUGCGCUUCAACUUCCCUGCACGCUACCCCUAUGUGCCUCCGGAGGUUCGCUUCACCACUCCCAUCUACCACCCCAAUGUCGACAUGAAGGGCCGCAUCUGUCUGGACAUUCUCAAGGACAAGUGGAGCGCUGUCUUGAACGUCGGUUCUGUGCUUCUGUCUCUGCAGAGCUUGCUCGGAGAGCCCAACAAUGCCUCGCCCCUCAACGGUCAAGCAGCCGAGCUCUGGGACACCAACAUGGAAGAGUUCAAGCGCAACGUCCUUGCCCGCCACCAGGAUCUUACUGAUGAAGAGAUGGAGUAA